UACCAUUUAAGAAGUGUUUUUGAGGAUGUAAUCUGUGUUGCAUUUCAGUUCCUAUAUUUUAGUUUUUAAUUGAGCUUGUUAUGGAGCUGUUAUUGUUGCAGAGCGUUGCCAAGCGUCGCCUCCUCCUCACAGCGCGGAAGUGUCUGCAAGCUGAGUCUAUAAAACAGAGCCGAGCGCAUACAGCCUGCGCGGAGACCUGGAGAGCAGCACCGUCAGCUUCCAACAACCCAGCAUCUUCCUCUGUCCUCACCAGAUCCUGAGCACUAUGGCGCAGCACAAGGAGUUUGACACUGCGGGGAAGAAGCCCGGCCUGCAGGUGUGGCGCAUAGAGAAGAUGGAUUUGGCACCUGUCCCUUCUGAGCUCCAUGGAAACUUCUUCACUGGAGACUCUUACAUUUUGCUCCGUACCUCCUCCAGUCCUUCUUACAACGUGCACUCGUGGUUUGGAGAGGAAAGUUCCCCGGACGAGAAAGGGGCUGCUGCCAUCUUCAUGACCCAACUGGACAGCUUCUUGGGUGGAGCACCAAUACAGUUCGCUGAGUUUCAAAAUAAUGAGUCCAACACCUUCCUGAGCUACUUCAAGCAUGGCAUCACAUACAAGAAAGGUGGAGUGGCUUCAGGCUUCAAGCAUGUCGAGAAAAAAGAUGUCAAACGCGUGCUGCAAGUUAAAGGUCGUCGGAGCAUCAGAGCCCAGGAGGUAGACGUGUCCUGGGACAGCUUCAAUAAAGGAGACUGCUUCAUCAUUCAGUUGGGAGAGAGGAUCUACCAUUGGGCUGGCAGUGAAUGCAAUCUGUUUGAGCGCCUGAAAACCUCUGAGCUGGCCAUUGGUAUCCGCGACAAUGAGCAAAACGGUCGUGGUGAUAUCGAAAUGAUUGACGAAGGCUCUGAGCCAGAAGCUGUCAUUGAAGUUCUUGGGCCGAAACCUGACCUCCCACCAGGAAGCUGUGAUAAAAGCAGUGAUAAGGAGAACAAGAUUAUGGCGUCUCUCUAUAUGAUUUCUGAUGCAGCCGGCCACAUGAAGGCAACCUUGGUUGCCGAUAAAAACCCGUUCAAACAGAAAGCGCUCUCCUCCAAUGAAUGCUACAUCUUGGACAAUGGUGGAAGCAACAAGAUAUUUGUUUGGAAAGGUUCCAAUGCAAAUAAAGCUGAGCGCCAAGCAUCUAUGAGUGCUGCACUCCAAUUCAUCAAAGAUAAGAAUUACUCCCAAAAUACUCAGAUCAUAGUGAUGCCAGCAGGGGGAGAGACCACCAUCUUCAAGCAGUUCUUCUUCAACUGGUUGGACAAAGAUGAGACCACUGGCCCAAGCAAGGCCUACACUAUCGGUAGCAUAGCCAAGGUGGAGCAGAUUCCCUUUAACGCCGCCAAACUUCACGACAACAAAAGCAUGGCUGCACAGCACGGCAUGAUGGACGACGGCUCCGGGACAGUGAAGAUUUGGCGUGUGGAAGGAGGUGAUAAAGUUCCUGUGGACCCAUCCAAAUAUGGACAGUUCUUUGGAGGGGACUGUUACCUGGUGCUGUACUCCUACAAAGACGGCAGAGAGAAGCAUAUCAUCUACAUCUGGCAAGGGCUGAAUUGCUCCAGGGAUGAACUGGCUGCGUCAGCCUUUCUCACUGUGCAACUGGACGAUUCCAUGGGUGGAGCAGCUACCCAGGUUCGUGUCACUCAGGGCCAGGAACCCCCUCAUCUCGUGAGCGUGUUCAAGACCAAGCCUUUGGUGGUCCACCUGGGUGGGACAUCCCGCGAAUGUGGGGAGAGUAAACCUGGCAGCACGCGACUCUUCCACAUCCGCCAGAGCUCCACCAAAGCCACCCGGGCUGUUGAGGUGGAGCCCAGUGCCACCUCCCUGAACACCAACGAUGUGUUUGUGCUGAAGACGUCUGAUUCCCUGUUCCUGUGGAAGGGUAAAGGAGCGACCCCGGAGGAGAUGGAUGCAGCUCAGCAUGUUGCCUCCAUGCUAGGAGGAACUGCCACUGAGGUUGAGGAGACCAAGGAGCCGAGUGGUUUCUGGUCAGCACUGGGUGGGGAGAAGCCGUACCAGACCUCCAAGUCCCUGCAGAGGAUGGUCAGGCCUCCAAGACUGUUUGGAUGUUCAAACAAGACUGGCAGGCUGAUAGCGGAGGAGGUGCCAGGUGAGUUCACACAGAUGGAUCUGCUACCCGAUGAUGUCAUGAUUCUAGACACAUGGAAUCAGAUUUUUGUUUGGGUUGGAAAAGAAGCCAAUGAAACCGAGAAAAAUGGAUCUCUCAAGAUUGCUGAAGACUAUGUGAAGGCUGACCCCUCUGGACGCAGCGGGGUCGCCAUCAACACCAUCAAACAGGGAGACGAGCCGCUCUUCUUCACCGGCUGGUUCCACGCCUGGGACCCCAAGAUGUGGGAGAAAGAUCCUCUGGAGUGCAUCAAAGCACGACUCAAAAAGCAUUAGUCGAAGGAAGCAUAGAAGCAGCUGCAGUAAAUGUACACAGAUUCACUUCUUCUCAUGUAUCGUCAAACUUCAACCUUUAAGGUGCCACGUGAGCUUUGAAUUUGGAUCUUCUGCAUGGGUGGAGGACAUCUUAAAUGCAAUAAAGAUAUAACCUUUUGACAAACCUUCACUGGGACCGUUUCUGUAUUUUUUGAUGUAGUUUGUUUUCAUUCUCUCGUAUGCAUUAAGAUCAUGUUUACAACUGUUUACAAUCCAUAAAUAGAAAGAACAUGAUGCACUAUUCCUCCCAGGUUCAGUGUGGCCUUCUGAAAAAAUGUUUAACAUUUGCAUUUGAAAUAAACUGAGAAAAACCAUAAUUGCAUUUCUGUUUGUGACAAAAAUAAUGUACAUUUAAAGGUAACAGUUUAAUAAAGAUUUGAAAAAUA